AUGUCAUCUGCUCUGAAAGAGUCGGUCCCGAGAGACAGGUGGUGGGAGUGGAGAUGGUUCUCUCCAGACGACACAAAGGAAGAGAGACGCCUGAUCACAAAAAUUGAUCUUCUUCUCGUGCCUUAUUCGGUCCUCGGCUACUGGGUCAAAUACGUCGACCAGUCCAACUUGAACAAUGCCUACGUCGCCGGCAUGAAGGAAGACCUCGGCUUUUACGGAAACGAGCUCGUCCAGCUCCAGACGCUGUUCACUCUGGGAUCGGUCUUGGGCCAGAUUCCGUUCUUAUUUAUCAUGACCUACGUUCCAAUCCAGUAUCUCAUCCCGAUUUGUGAUAUUCUUUGGGGAGUUUUCACGCUUCUGCAGUACCGCGUCCACUCUUAUGCAGAGUUGGCUGCUUACAGAUUCAUGGUGGGCUGGUUCGAAGCCGCAUUCUUCCCUGCAAUGCAUUAUGUUUUUGGCUCCUGGUAUAGAGGGCACGAAAUUGCUCGCCGGGGUGGUAUUUUCUACACCGGCCUCGCUGCUGGUACAUUGACGGCCGGUCUCAUCCAAGCCGGCGCUUCGAGUUCGCUCGAAGGAGUCCACGGUAUGGAAGGCUGGCGAUGGAUGUACAUCAUCUGCGCCCUCAUCACCAUCCCCGUCGGCAUCUUUGGCUUCUUCGUGAUCCCCGGCACCGUCGAUCAGCCCAACAAGUGGUGCGUCAACGACAAGGACAUUGAAACCGCCCGUGAACGUCUCGAGAAGCACGGCCACGUCCUGCACGGCAAGAUGAAGUUUGGCCACGUCAAGCGCACCCUCCUAGGAUUCCGCUUCUGGCUCGUCAUCGCGACCGACGUCCUGUUCUGGAAUGCGGGCAUCCACAAGAACACGGGCUCCUACUUGCUCUGGAUCAAAAGCCUCGGGCGGUACAGCGCGGCGCGCAUCAACGAGCUGGGUACAAUCUCCCCCGCGCUGGGUAUCGCGUACACGCUCAUCGCCUGCUUCGCCUCGGACAUGUUCCUUGGCCCGGCCUGGUCCAUCACAAUCUGUUCGGUUCUGAAUGCCGUCGGUCUCAUCUUUUUGACAAUCUGGACCGUUCCGGAAGGCGGUUUAUGGUUUGGGUUUGCGACCAUGUAUUGGUCCAACGCUUUAUCCUCCGUGUUCCACGGCUGGGUCAACAAUCUUCUGCGAGACAGCCCCGAAGAACGAAGUUUUACGCUGGUGCUCAUCAACUUGCUGUCGCAGAGCUCGACCGCGUGGACCCCCCUGCUCACGUUCCCGACGGUGGAGUCUCCGAGGUACAGGAAGGGCUUCUCGUUCUGUCUGGGAUGCGCCAUUGCGUUGAUUGUGUUCACCUGGAUUAUGCACUACUAUUUGAAAAGGGACAAAAAGCACGAUGCUGGACCCACGGAUGAAGAGACUAGUGACCACUCCGAAAGUGUCGUGGCGUCCUCGGGGAUUGCACAAGUCAAAAACAGCCUGGACGUCAAAGGAGCGAAUACGAGUGCCAUAAGGACUGAUAGGAAGACGGGCGAUGACACGAUCACAACAAUUUGA